GUCAUCUUAAUACAAAAAAUAUAAUUAUCUCUAACAAUGGAAAGUCAUUCUCCUUCAAAUCAUCCCCCAUUCCAUCGGCAGCAGACUCGUGUUCUGAAACUGGAACCCAAAUGUUGUAACGAAUGUGCGAGGAAAGUGAAACGAGCCAUGCUAAACGUUGAAGGAGUGCAUUCGAUAAAGGUUAAUGCAAACGAGGGGACGAUAGAAGUAAACAGUGAGGUCGACCCACAAGUGCUUAUCGCAAUGGCAGCUAAAGCCGGCAAACGAGCCGAGCUUUUGUGGGAACCUGAACCAGAGUCUCCUGAUGACAUUUCGACGGUAACACCUCCGCUCGCCAUGCCAUCAACUUGCCGACGUCAGGUCCAUAUCAGCAACUUUGACGGCUUUGAGCAGACAGUACACCUACAGGACUUGGUUGAUAAAAACGCUCGUGGGAUCAAACACAUGGAUAUUAUCGACAAGAGGGUCAUCAAAAUAACGUUUAAGGAGUCACAUGAUGAUCCCAGUAGCGACCACUCACGGGACUCACCGUCUCCAAUCGCACCACCGUCCUCUGACCCUAAGAAUAGCAAUGGCGGUGGUGGAGAGGCCAGUGGUUCAGGUGCUUGUAAUGUUGGGGCUUCUGCUACUGCUGCUGAACCAACCCCCAAGAUCAACGAUGCUCCUUGUAACGGUAAAGCAGCAGAACCUCCGCUUGCAAAUGUGAAUUGCAGCAGCAGAGGGAAUAGUUGUCGUUUGAUGUAAAAGUACAGAUCUAUUUAGUUUAACUAGUAUCAAUGGAAACUACAUUAUAGCAACUUCUUAAAGAAUGAGUUCGUAGAGAUUUAAGAAUUUCUACUACACAGUUGUCACAAACAAUCAAUCUUGCAAAAGAAU